CAUUCGAAUCAAAAAGAUCGAACAUCAAACGCUUUUAUUAUCUUCUUGAUUUUGUUCUUAUGAUCUUACAAGAUGAGAGAUUUAUCCUCUAUAGAUUUUAAGGACAAUGUCAGGUUUGUUGUUCGUCGAGAGCUCAAAAGUAUGGGACUAAAAGUUCCCAAGAAUAAGUCGAACUCUAAGCUGGCGAUUGAAUGCAACGGAGAAGGAGUCUUUGGUAUUCYUCUGGACCAAGUUCCAACAAGAAACGUCGGAGAAGAUUUUUAUUGUGGUGUUCCUAAAUUUUUGGUUGAUUCCUGUAGUUUUCUUCGCAAAUAUCUUGGUACAGAAGGAUUAUUUAGAAAAUCUGGCUCUGUUCAAAGACAGAAAAUUCUCAAACAACAAAUUGAAGAAGGAGAAGAUAUCUCUGCAGCACAUCCCCACGAUGUGGCAAGUUUGAUAAAACAAUUCUUUCGACAUCUCCAAGAGCCAUUACUCACCAAUCUUUACCAUGACAGCUUCAUUAAAUCCUUGAGGCAGGAAAAUGAAGGAGAACGCAGCAGAAUGAUUUUGUAUAUCUGCUUAAUGCUGCCCUUAACUCAUCUGCAAACCCUGCAGUACAUCAUGAAAUUUGCUGCAGAGGUUGCGACUCACUCAGAAAGGAGUAAAAUGGGUUUGUCUAACCUUGCAAUUGUCCUGACUCCCAAUCUCAUGCAUAAUAAUUCUAAAAAGGAUAACAGCAGUUCUUCAGAGAAACUUAAAGAUCAGACUGAGAUUAUUGAGACUUUAUUAAAAAAUGCUGAUCAGAUUGGCAAGGUUCCAAAUGAUGUUUAUGAGAAAGCAAAAAUGAUUGGAGAGGAUGGAGACUAUGCUAUGACAUCUUCUGGUGAUGAACUGGAGGGAGAAAAUCUUCAGAGAACAAAGAGCAAGAGAGCUCCAAGGGCUAGAACGAGAACUGGAUCAAUCACUGGGUUUAUUGGACAUAGUCUAAAUAAACUCAAGACCAACUCAAGUUCAUCCAAGCACACCCCAGUGAACCGUCACAGAAGAACCAAGAGUGUUAAGGCUGACUUAAUGAGGAACAAAUGCAAAUAUGCUGAAGCUAAUGAUAUUGUCAUCAGCAAAGAUGAUACAGCUUUAGAUACUUUUGCUUGUCAAGCAACUGAAAGAAUGAGUAUGAGAAUAAGUUCUAACAAGCGCAGGGUGGAGUAUAACAAUUCAGUUUUGUCACCUGCAAUUAAAAGAAGACAAAGAAUAGCACAACAGCAUGAAGGUGAUGCUGGGAUUGGACAUCCAAGGAUUAUCUCAAGAUCCACACAAAUGUUCACUACCACAAUCAAACCCUUGACUCCUGUGAGACCUCUAUCUGACAUGGUUAAGAGUGAGCAUGCUAAGGUAUUACUGUCUGAGGAAACAGAACAUGUUAAAGUCAUAGAUGCCAUGACAUACGUUCCAUCACCUGAUAAAAAUGCACAUGAAUACACAAGGCAUGCACGCGUACGUAUACGAUCACCUCGCUCUGGUUCAACCACCCAAUUAUUAGGAGAUGAAGGUUUAGAGUCACCAGUCUCAGGCAGACAAGAUGCUGUGUACAGCAGGCAUGGGGGGAAAGGAGGUGAAAUGCAGAGAAGAAAAGUCACAAGAAGGCAUUCAUCUGGUGCAACAUCCUGCUUCAACUCUUCACCAAGACAGCGCAAGGGAAAUAAUGUGUACAAACAGGAAUCUAGUUCCUGUGCAGCCAACAAAACCCCAGAUCGAGAAAACAUGAAUCCAGAUUUAGUAUCUGUUGCAGUAAAGAACAGUAUUUCUAGCACCAACAAGUAUCAAAAUCCAAAGUAUUCUAGUACAGGAGAUAAAAUGACACCAUGUAAACUCCAUAUUGCCACUCCACCACCAAUGACAGGCCACAGAGAAAUGAAAACACUGUUAUCACAAAAAAUCUAGAUGCCUCUACCAUCAGAAUACAUUGUAUAUAAUUAACAAAGAGGUAAAAUUUGAGAUAUAUUUCAAUUUAUAUAGGUCAUACCUAUUUUCAGAAUAACACAGCUAGAUGACUAGAAGAAACACAGAUGUUUGAUUUCUUUUUUUUUUUCCUUUUCUUUUUUUUCGUUUACUGUCAUAAAAUUUUCACAAACCUGAAUUUUUUAUUUUGACUUAAUUGGCCAGAUGCCUGGAGCUAUUGAAGUUGUGUAAUUAUGAACAUAGAACAUAGAUGUAGUCAUUUUAUAAACUAAGGAUGUUUUUUAAAAUAGUAUUAUUUUUGAAUUUAGAUAUGUGCAGAAUCUUUUAAUAGUGUUUUUCCAGGAAUACUCUUUUUCAAUAACAUACAUGUAUGCCUGGUAAUUAUAGUGACAAAGUAGCUUUUGCUGGGAGCAAAUCAAGUCAAUUCCAAGAAUUUGUCAGGAAAUGCAAUCUUUUUAAGGGCACAUGCCUAUGGAAUAUCAUAAAAAUGCCUUGACUGACAACCAUUAAAACUUGUUGCCAUAGCAAGCCUAUGAUUCUAUGCUUACUAUUGAACAUUAGACACUGUAAAAAAAACGUGAACCAGACUUUUCUAAAUGACAUGUGUCUUCUUUUGCAAAAAGAGCAGUGUAGUAAGAAUAUCUAAUAUAAGUUUUCAAGUUCCAGAAAAAAGAAAUCUUGAGCUUUGUUCAUGAACAAAAAUUACUCUUAUUGAAAAAAACUACAGUAUAGCCUCAAUAAUGAUGGAAUACAUUAUGUACAGUGUAUACUUAAAGUUAUUAGAUGAUAUUAGAUUGYAACUGUAUCACCAUGACAGUGAAGAUGAUUUAGUGUUAUUACAAGGAAUAAAUUAGAGUGAUUUUAAAAUAGGGGUGUCCAGAUAACCUGGAAAAAAAUGAAAAUUUUGAGAAUGUUUGACCACAGAUUUUGAAUAGGUUUUUAAUUUUUUUUAAUAUGUGAAAGCCAAUACAAAUAAAUUGUUUGAAAACAGUGGCUAAAAGAUAAAGAUCAACAUUGUUCCUUCAUUAGUUACUAAAUAGCAGCCUAUCAAAAAGUCUGAUCAGCAAAGAUAACUUAAUGGAACAAUCUUGAUUUUAUCUUCUUUAAAGGAACGACUUUAACUUUAAGCACUUAGUUUUGUGCCAUCAAAGAAACCCAAACCAUUAAAAAACAAAUGAAAAUUCCUUAAACCCUCUCUUUCAAAUAAAAUUCCCUUAGGGAGUUUUAGUGUGCUUUGUAUACAUUAAUGGAAAACAGACAGAUUCACUAGCGUAUGAUAAAUUUAUAAUUUUGUAUUAGCUUUUUAUGAAUUAUUUUAAAUAAAAAAUAAAGGGGAGAGUGAUUGAACCUUGGACU